GACGCAGCAUGGGUGCUUCUUUCUUCCCUGCAUAAAAAAAAAAAAAGACUAACCUUAUCGAUACCAAAUGCUUUACUUUUUCAUUUAAUUACACAGAGACACAUGAUGGCUCUGCUACGGUAUAAAACAUUUUGCUGCAUAGAGUACAUUUAAUUGUUUCCUUAGAGACAAUACCCUAAACACUAAUCAGCUUUAUGUAUUCCCUAAAUUUCUUUUAAUAAAACCAUCCUAUGGUCCUUUAUGGAUCAUUUAUCAUAUCCUUACAUCCUAUAGUCUCUGACAAACCCAACUGUUAUUUUUUAAAAUCCCUGUAUCGAUCCAUUUCCAGUUCAGAGACUUCCCCAACCCAACAAAACUAUUAAUGAACAGUUAAUAAUAAUCUUUUCACCACAGGCUUGCUUCGCCCUUCUCUUCUUUUCAGCUUUUAUGUCAGAGCAUGUGCCUCGCCGCUUGCGCUCCCUUAUCUGCCUCUCUUUGACCUCCCUUGCCUUGGCCUUGUCCGUGCUGGCCUUUUGCACCUCCUACUGGUGUGAGGGAACACAGAAAGUGGUGAAACCGCUCUGCCUCUCUGCUGUUAAGAUGGAGAAAUGUGGCCAGAACAACAGCCAGGACUUUGCAGUGGGCACAGUGCAACCAGAAUCGCCCUCUAAUGGCACAGUGUCACCAAACCAAAGUGAAGCAUUUCUCAAGACUCAGGAGACCCAGUUGGCUAAUGCUGUGCAGUACAUUUGGGAAACUGGAGAGGACAAGUACAUGUUACGCUACUUCCAUGCAGGAUUCUGGGAAUCUUGUGAAAAAAACACUGAUGGAGAGAGAUGUCGCAGGUUUCUAGACCUUACCCCAGAUGAUACACAUGGUGUCCUCUGGUUGUCUACGAUAUCCGAGUUCAUACACAUUGGUCUGUUGGCGAUGGGCUUUUUGCUGAUGUGGUUGGAAGUUCUUUAUUCUCAUAAGAAAAUGCGUGCACUCAAAAUCAAUGCAUUUGCAGCCUUAUGCACUGUGCUGUCAGGCCUAAUUGGGAUGGAGGCCCACAUGAUGUACACUACAGUUUUCCAGUUGACUGUGAUUGUAGGACCCAAAGACUGGAGACCUCAGAAUUGGGACUAUGGUUGGUCUUUUGCCAUGGCUUGGGUGUCCUUUAGUUGCUGUAUGGGUGCUGCUGUCCUUACCUUCAAUUCCUACACCAAGACUAUCAUUGAGAUUCGCCAUCGACAGAGGCUGCGUCAGGAGGACACCCAUGCAGCUCCUUCCUACGAGGAAGUGGUUUCAGGUGGUGGGAUCUACUCUAUCAGUGGCCUACAGGAGCAUCCUGAUGGCAUGAUGGAUAGUAUGUGGCUAGAGCAUGAAACUAUAGCAGAGAAGGCAGAGGAGGAUAUUCCCACACUGUUGCUGAUAAGGGGAUGUGAACCUGAAGAGUGUGAGGACUGCGAGAGGGAGAUGGAUGAAGUGUAAGAGGCCAUGGAGACAGAUGGAACAGACUCACCUUGCUAGGUGGGAAAUAUUUGUACUGUGGGCAUGAUAAACUGAUGAAUGGGUCGAUGUCUUAGUCUGAAAUCUGAGCUCCCUUUAAAAUGAAAUUUCAUCAGAUUUUGAGUGGAUUACACUCCAGUUGGAUAAGAUCAAAAUCAUCCAUUUCAGAACGCAUUUACGAUUAAUUUUUAGGACAGCUUUUAUUUUAUUUAUUUAUUUAUUUAUU